AGAAUCUGUUGUUUGUUGAAUAUUAAUUCAUUACCUUGAGGAGGAGAUUGGAAACAAAGGAGAAAAAACACAUGAAUAUAGCUGUUCUGUUUGUACUAUAGAUGAAGGAAGCUAAGGGGUGGCGACUAGGCGGCAUGGGUGAUAACAAGAUCUUGCCCGGUUCUCGCCAUCGCACUCCGUUGAAGAGGCCGAUAUGGAUUAUUCUAACGGUGUCUAUCAUCAGCAUUCUUCUACUCUGUGCUUAUCUUUAUCCGCCUAAUGGCAGCGGCCAUGUUGCAUGUUAUGUAUUUUCUUCUAGAGGUUGCAAAGCCCUUGGUGUUUGGCUUCCUCCGGCUCCUAAAAGGGAAUUUACUGAUGAGGAGAUUAUAUCAAGGGUUGUGGUUAGGGAUAUCUUGAAUACACCUCCUGUCCAAUCUAAAAAUCAGAAAAUUGCAUUCAUGUUCUUAACUCCUGGAUCACUGCCAUUCGAGAAACUUUGGGAUAUGUUCUUCCGUGGACAUGAGGGAAGAUUUUCUGUUUAUGUCCAUGCAUCAAAAGAAAAACCAGUGCACAUGAGCCGUUACUUCUUUAACCGGGAAAUUCGCAGUUCUCCGGUUCAAUGGGGAGCAUUUAACAUGGUUGAUGCAGAGAGAAGGUUAUUGGCAUAUGCUCUGAAAGAUCCUGAUAACAAACAUUUUGUUUUACUCUCUGACAGCUGUGUUCCAUUGCAUAAUUUUGAUUAUGUCUACAAUUAUCUGAUGCAUGCUAAUAUGAGUUUCAUAGACAGCUAUGUGGAUCCCGGGCCACAUGGAAAUGGCAGGUAUUCGGCACGCAUGUUACCAGAGGUAGAAGAGAAAGACUUCAGAAAGGGUUCACAGUGGUUCACAAUGAAGCGGCAGCAUGCUCUGAUAGUUAUGGCCGACAGUCUUUACUACUCGAGGUUUCGGGAUUACUGCAGGCCAGGUUUGGAUGGUAAGAAUUGCAUCGCCGACGAGCAUUACUUCCCGACCUUUUUCAAUUUGAUUGAUCCUGGUGGUAUUGCAAACUGGUCGGUAACACACGUCGACUGGUCCGAGAGAAAAUGGCACCCGAAAUCGUAUAGGGGUCAGGAUGUUACCUACGAGCUUCUAAGGAAUAUUAUGUCGCUCGACCAGAAGACCCAUAUAACAAGUAACGAUAAGGGUAAUGAGCUGCUACAACCUUGCCUAUGGACCGGCAUUACACGACCAUGUUUCCUGUUUGCAAGAAAAUUCUACCCAGAAACCCUAGAUAAACUGGUGACACUCCUCAAUUUUUGAAUGAAUCCUUCUGUUAGAUUGGUGAUAUUUUCUCGAUCCUUUCGUUCCCAUCUCGGUUUUUCAUAUAGAUUUAUACAUUUGUAAAUUGGCCAUGUUCGGCAAUCACGAUUCUUGCGUGCAAGGGUAACCGGAAAAAGCGGCAGGGAUGACAAUCGAACAUGGUCAGAGGUUAAGAGUUGUUAGGGUUGUGUCCCUCGAGACGACGAGUAAUUUCUCGUCUAUCCCCCCCACCCAUUUGUACCAUUGAUACAUAA